CAAAGAAAAAGAAAAAUACAUUAUUAAUUUGUUUUUGAUUAUAUUUUGAAAAAUAUUUGCCUUAUCUGUGUUUAAUUUACAAUAUAAGUCGAGACAGAAACUGACGUAAAUUAAAACAAGAUAUCAAAAAGUAGAGGAAAAAUAGAGUAGUAUAAAAAUGGAAUAAUUUUGCUGACAUAUCCUCAGUAAUAACUUUGCAAUUGGUGUUGGACAUACUAAAAUUUAACUGCUGAGGCAAUGAAUUUAUCAGCUAUUUUAAUUUUUACUUUUUUGACUCUGGCUCAUGGUCAAUUUGAUCCAAACUACGCACCGGGUCGCAAUGUUAUAGUGCAUCUCUUUGAGUGGAAAUGGGUGGAUAUUGCGGAAGAAUGUGAAAGAUUUUUGGGUCCAAAUGGCUUUGCCGGCGUUCAAGUGUCUUCUCCAGCUGAAAAUGCAAUUGUUACGGUUCUCGGAUUUAACCGUCCUUGGUGGGAGCGGUAUCAUAUUAUGUCUUACAUUCUAGAAACGCGAUCAGGAAAUGAACUAGAGUUUGCGGAUAUGGUCCGCAGAUGCAACGCUGUUGGAGUUCGAAUCUAUCCCGAUGCCGUCUUCAAUCACAUGGGAUCUCUUCCAAACAUGACGGGAACUGGUGGAUCGACGGCGGACGGUGUCAUAAGGACAUAUCCUGAAAUUCCCUAUGACGCUACCCACUUUCACAUACCAUGUCCAAUAGUUGACUAUCAGAAUUCGGACAAUGUACGUAAUUGCCAGCUUCUUGGGGCUCCAGAUUUGAAUCAUACCUUGGAGUAUGUUAGAAACAAAAUUGCUGGAUAUCUAGACCAUUUGAUCACACUCGGAGUGGCUGGAUUUCGCGUUGAUUCAGCCAAACACAUUUGGCCAUCAGAUUCACAGGACAUCUACGGUCGUGUGAGCAAUUUGAAUACAGAUCAUGGAUUUGCAGAUAAUUCUAAACCAUAUUUCUACCAUGAAGUUAUUGAUGUCGGUGGUGAAGCUGUUUCGAAAUACGAUUAUACUGGACUUGGCGGUGUAACUGAAUUUUUAUUGCCGUAUUACAUUGGCAUUACUUUUCGUGGUAAUAGGUCGUUAGAUACUUUGCAGAACUGGGGAGAACCAUGGGGUUUCUUGCCAUCAGAUCGUGGCAUAGCUUUUGUCGAAAAUCACGACAAUGAACGCGGAACAUCAGGAAGGGAUAUUCUAACAUACAAAGAUGGCAAACCGUAUAGAAUGGCAGUUGCCUUUAACCUAGCCCAUCCCUAUGGUAUCACACGGAUAAUGUCUUCCUUUUACUUCUCGUAUGACAAUAUUGAUCAAAGUCCGCCUAUGGAUGAUAAUCAAAACAUCAUCUCACCUAGCAUCAAUCCUGAUGGAAGUUGCGGAAAUGGAUGGGUAUGUCAGCAUCGUUGGCAUCAGAUCUACAACAUGGUCAAGUUUAAGAAUGUCGCAGGAACAGCAACACUUUCAAAUUGGUGGUCCAAUGGAAACAAUCAAAUCGCUUUUGCAAGAUCUGGAAAAGGUUUUGUUGCCUUCAACAAUGAAGGAUCUGAUAUGGAUGUCAUCCUUCAGACAUCCCUUCCAGCUGGUACCUAUUGCGAUGUCAUUUCUGGAAGCGUAUCAGGAACUACAUGUUCAGGAAAAACGGUUAUAGUUCAAGUUGAUGGGAUGGCUAACAUCGUGAUUGGAAGUGCAGAGGAAGAUGGUGUUUUGGCAAUCCAUGUUGGGGCAAAAUUAUAAAUUUUAUUGUCAAUAUAUAAAAUCGGCAAUAAAAAUGAAUUUUUAUAAUGCAUUACGAAAA